AUGUCCCAGUCCUUUGUCACAGUUAGAAGUCAAGCCAUAUCAUUAGAAUCGCAGGUUGAAUCGUUGCUUUCCAAAUAUUCCACAUUUGCUCAAACAACAAGUUCUGAACAAACGUCACAAGAGAAAAGGUUAGAUACUCAAUUGGAAGAACUCCUAAAUCAGAGACAAGAUGUUGUUGAAAGACUAGGUACAAUUUGUGAUGAGAAUCCUACGAUAUCAGCAUCUAAAUUAUCGCAAUUACAACGUCAUAGGGAGAUGUUGAAGGAGCACUGGCAAAAUCUCCGUAAUAUAAGAUCUUCAAUUCAGCAGGAACGUAAUAGACUCAACUUACUGUUUAGUGUCAAGAGUGAUAUUGCUCAACAACGUACAGAAGAUAGUACAGUACCUUUUGAAGACGAUGAAGAUUACUAUAGGGGAGAAUCUCGUAGGGUUGAUCAGUCUCAUAACUUGGUCGACAGGUUAAUUUCUCAAGCAUGGGAAACAAGAGAUCAAUUCAGUGCACAAUCUAAUCUUUUACAAAGCGGUAGUAAUCGAGUCCUUCAGACUUUACACAGAGUUCCUGGUAUAAAUCAAUUGAUCGCAAGAAUUGGGACUAGAAGACGUAAAAACGUAUUGGUUAUGGCCAGUGUGAUUGUAAUUUGCAUCUUGCUUCUAUUCUUCACCUGGUGA